UUUGAUUAAAAUAGUAAAUAAAUAUUCAUAAAAUUGAAUUUAAUGUUUUGGUAAAUUUAACAAAAUAUUAUUAUUGAUCAGUAGUUUUACUGUUUAUUGUAUUGGUCAACAUUUAUUAUAAAAAAUAUGGUAGAUGUACCAGUUCAAGAUAUGAUAAAAAAUUCAUUUUCAUUACAUAACAAGAAUGGCUACAAAUCCGGAAAAACGUACAAUUUAUUCAAUUAUUUUUCGAAUAUUGAAGAUUCACAUUCAAAAUAUCUUCAUUAUCAAAUAACUAAACCAUUAUCUGUUCAAGAUUCAAUAUUAACACAGAAGUCAAGUCCAACGCCUGUUAGAUUUAGCCCUCGUAUGGGUUCUAAUGCUAUUAAUUAUGCACGUUCAUCUGCAACUAAUCGUGUAUUAAUUACACCUAAUAUGUCACCAAUUAGCAGCUCUAAUGUUGAUCAAUCUAUUUCAAAAAUCAAUGCAAUGUUCCCUACAGCUUCAGAAUCCCAUAUUAAAGAUUUAUUGAACAAAUAUCAUAACAGAGAAGCUGUUGUUAUUAGUGCUUUGCAAGUAGAAAAACAUCCAAUUGCAACUCCAGGUCCCUAUACUCCACCAUCAGUUAGUCGUCAUUACAUGUUACAGGCUAAUUCAUCACCUGUGGUUAGCCCUCAACCUAAACCAUCACAUUAUUCACCCAAGAUGAAGUUGAGAUAUCUGAAAAGUGUAUUUCCUGUAGUAGAAGAAACUGUUCUACUAGAUACAUUAUGUAGUGCUGAUAAUAAUGUUAAUCAAGCCACUGAAACUUUGUUGACUAUGGGGUUCAAUAAGCAACAUAAUAUUACUAACAUAGUGCCCAGAUUACCUAGAGUUACAUUAACUAAUAGUGAAAAUGAUUAUGAUGAAGACGAUAUGUUUUGGUUAAGAAGAAAAGCUUGUAAUAAUUUUGAUAAAUCGAAAUCUACUUGUUCAUCAUGGCCAAUUUCAUCUGUUGUAAUAACAACACCAACUAAGAAGAUAAAUGCAGAUGAACAAAAAAAAAUUCAAGAAAGAUUACAUAAAAAAUUUGAUGAUCAAGAAGAAAAAAUUAUAAUUUUUGCCUUAGAAAGUACUGAUUAUAAUGAAAUUUUGGCUGAUCAAAUUCUGAAGAACUAUUUAGAUAACGAAUUUAAAAUAACCAAAGAUGAAAAUGAUGGUAUUUUCAAAAAUGAAAACUGUUCUAAAGAAGUAACUGAUAAUAGUAUUAUAUUAUGCAAAAAUAAUACUAAUGAUACUAAUGACUCAAAAACUGUCACUGAAAAUUCUUACUGUGAAAUGAAUGUUGAUGGUCAGACAACCAUGUCUAAUAGUACAAAAAUAAGUUUGGCUAAAGGUCCAAACAAAGACCUUUUAAGCAAAAAGAUAUCUCAGAAAUAUGACUUAACAGAAAAAAAUAAAGCCAAAGGACCAAAUAAAUCAUUUUUUAGUAGAAUUCAUUCCUUAGCAAAAGGACCAAAUAGCGAAUUGAAAAAAGGACCUUCUAAAGGAUUAGCCAAGGGAAGUAUUUUUCAACGAUUAUUCAAGAAAUAAUUCAUGUCAUCCAUAUUUUAUAAGUAUAUAUUAAUUCUUAAUUGAUUAUUUUAGAUUAUUUAUGAGUGUAUUCAUUUAAAUUGUAAGCAAUCAUUAAUUGAGACUACAAUAAUAUUCUUUUGUUACUGUGUUGAUAAAUUAUUAGAUAGAU